AUGGCGCGGUUCGAGGUGAACGGCAAGUCGGUGCAAGGCGUGGACCUGCUGCGGCGGCGCCACUGGGCGUCGCGCCUCGACCUCUGGCCCUUCCUUGCGCUCUAUGCGCUCUGGCUGCUGCUCGCCGUCCCGGCGCUCGACUUCAGCGACGCUCUCAUCGUCCUUACCGCGCUCUCCGCAGCUCACAUCCUCGCCUUCCUCUUCACCGCCUGGUCCGUCGAUUUCCGGGCCUUUGUUGGGUCAAGGAUAUCCGUGCCGCUAACACGUGUGGCCUCAACUUCGGCUGCAGGUGAGACAGAGGAGAUUUACUUUGAUUUUCGGAAGCAGAGGUUCAUCUACUCGGUGGAGAAAGAUAACUUUUUUAAACUCCGGUACCCAACGAAGGAGUUGAUCGGUCAUUAUGCCAAGGGCACUGGUUAUGGAACUGAGGCCAAGAUUGGCACUGCUGUGGAUAAGUGGGGUAGAAACGUAUUCGAGUAUCCACAGCCCACAUUUCAGAAAUUAAUGAAGGAGCAAAUCAUGGAACCAUUUUUUGUUUUCCAGGUUUUUUGUGUUGCUCUUUGGUGCCUGGAUGAGUAUUGGUACUACAGUUUGUUUACACUUUUCAUGCUUUUCCUGUUUGAGUCUACUAUGGCAAAGAAUAGGCUGAAGACAUUGACUGAGCUAAGACGUGUGAAAGUUGAUAGCCAGAUUGUGUUGACCUAUAGAUGUGGAAAAUGGGUUAAAAUCCCUGGAACUGAACUACUACCAGGAGAUAUUGUGUCAAUAGGUCGCUCAAUUAGUGGUGAAGAUAGAUCUGUACCAGCAGAUAUGCUAUUGUUAGCUGGGUCUGCAAUAGUAAAUGAAGCUAUUCUUACAGGAGAAUCUACUCCACAGUGGAAGGUUUCAAUUGCUGGACGUGGUCCUGAGGAUAUGCUAUCUAUAAAGCGGGAUAAGAACCAUAUCCUAUUUGGUGGCACUAAAGUAUUGCAACACACUGCAGAUAAGUCUGUAAUUCUUCGAGCACCUGAUGGUGGUUGUCUAGCUUUUGUAUUGAGGACUGGAUUUGAGACUAGCCAAGGGAAAUUGAUGAGGACUAUCUUAUUUUCAACUGAGAGGGUUACUGCAAAUAACAAGGAAAGUGGCCUGUUUAUACUCUUUUUGCUCUUCUUUGCAAUUAUUGCGUCCGGUUAUGUGCUUACGAAGGGACUAGAGGACCCAACAAGGAGUAGAUAUAAACUGUUUUUGAGUUGUUCAUUGAUUAUUACUUCUGUGAUACCCCCGGAAUUGCCAAUGGAGCUCUCCAUAGCAGUCAACACAUCUUUAAUUGCAUUGGCUAGGCGUGGUAUUUUCUGCACAGAGCCGUUCAGAAUACCGUUUGCUGGGAAGGUUGACAUAUGCUGCUUCGAUAAGACAGGGACUCUGACAUCAGAUGAUAUGGAAUUCCAAGGUAUAGUUACUUUGGAAGGUGACGAUGAGUUAAUAUCUGAUGCAAAUAAGCUGCCCCUCCGAACUCAAGAAGUGCUUUCCAGUUGCCAUGCAUUGGUAUUUGUCGACAACAAGCUGGUUGGUGAUCCCCUCGAAAAGGCUGCUAUAAAGGGCAUAGACUGGAUCUACACAUCUGAUGAGAAGGCCAUGUCUAAAAAGCCUGGUGGUCAACCUGUACAGAUUGUGCACAGGUACCAUUUUGCUUCUCACUUGAAGAGAAUGUCUGUUAUCGUCCGUAUUCAGGAGAAAUUUUACGCUUUCAUUAAGGGUGCACCAGAGACCAUCCAAGAGAGAUUAGUUGAUUUACCUGCUGCAUAUGUGGAGACAUAUAAGAAAUACACACGGCAAGGUUCUCGGGUCUUGGCUCUUGCAUACAAAUUGCUUCCUGAGAUGCCUGUUAGUGAAGCUAGAAGUUUGGAAAGGGAUCAAGUAGAGAGCGACCUAACAUUUGCUGGUUUUGCGGUCUUCAACUGUCCUAUAAGGAGCGACUCUGGUGCUGUCUUACAAGAACUGGGACAAUCUUCCCAUGACUUGGUCAUGAUCACUGGAGACCAAGCGUUGACUGCCUGCCAUGUUGCUAGCCAAGUACAUAUAUCUUCCAAACCUGUUUUGAUCUUGACACGGAUAAAGACUGGUGGUUUUGAGUGGGUUUCGCCAGAUGAAACUGAUAGAGCUCCAUACAGUGCUGUGGAGGUUGCAGUGUUAUCAGAAUCUCAUGACCUUUGUAUUAAUGGGGACUGUUUUGAAAUGCUGCAAAGUACUGAGGCUGUUCUCCAGGUUAUCCCUUAUGUGAAGGUUUUUUCACGUGUUGCUCCAGAACAAAAAGAACUUGUACUGACUACAUUCAAAAGUGUUGGGAGGGUGACACUGAUGUGUGGAGAUGGAACCAAUGAUGUUGGUGCACUGAAGCAGGCACAUGUUGGCAUAGCUCUUUUGAAUGCUCAACCAGUUCAGAAAGUCGACUCAAAAUCCAAAGCUGAAAAUAAAUCUGGGAAAUUGAAAAAACAGAAGCCUGCUAAUGAAGCAUCAUCACAAGUGACUCCAGCAGCUAAUAGUUCUGCUAAAGCAUCGAGCAGCCGCCCCAUGACUGCUGCUGAGAGGCAGCGAGAAAAGCUGCAGAAAAUGUUGGAUGAAAUGAAUGAUGAAAGUGAUGGCCGUUCAGCACCAAUUGUUAAGCUUGGUGAUGCUUCUAUGGCUUCACCUUUCACAGCAAAGCAUGCCUCUGUUGCCCCUACUCUUGACAUCAUCCGUCAGGGGAGAAGCACUCUAGUCACUACACUUCAAAUGUUCAAGAUUCUUGGGCUCAAUUGCCUUGCAACGGCUUACGUUCUCAGUGUCAUGUACUUGGAUGGUGUCAAACUGGGCGAUGUUCAGGCUACAAUCAUUGGUGUCUUUACUGCAGCCUUCUUCCUCUUCAUCUCCCAUGCUCGGCCACUCCAAACACUGUCUGCAGAGCGGCCUCACCCUAACAUAUUCUGUGCAUACGUUCUGCUCUCCAUUCUUGGCCAGUUCGCCAUGCACAUAUUCUUCCUCAUCACAGCUGUCAAUGAAGCAUCAAAGCAUAUGCCAGAGGAAUGCAUUGAGCCCGACUCAGACUUCCAUCCAAACCUUGUGAAUACAGUUUCAUACAUGGUGAACAUGAUGAUCCAGGUGGCAACCUUUGCUGUAAACUACAUGGGCCACCCAUUUAAUCAGAGCAUAUCUGAGAACAAGCCCUUCAAGUAUGCGUUGUAUGGAGCGGUUGCUUUCUUCACAGUGAUCACAUCAGAUAUGUUCAGGGAUUUGAAUGACUACAUGAAGCUUGAACCCUUGCCUGAGGGAAUGCGUGGCAAAUUGAUGUUGUGGGCUAUUCUAAUGUUUUGUGGUUGCUACGGAUGGGAGCGGCUUCUGCGAUGGAUGUUCCCAGGAAAGAUGCCUGCGUGGGAGAAGCGCCAGAAACAGGCAGUUGCAAACUUGGAGAAAAAGCGAGAUUAG